AUGGGCAUGAGGGCGAGCGGCUGGAACAGGAGAGAAGCAGGAACUUACAGGCCUGAAACGAAAGUAGACAAGAUAUUGCGCGACAAUAUCGACAAGCGGCUGCCAGAAGAGGGCAGAAAGACACAAGAAAGCGAAGAACACCACAUCAACUCCAAGGGUAUAACACAAAAGAAGCGGAACAAUCAUGUUCCGUCAUCCAACGAGAAACGCCGCACAAAGUAUGUGGCCAACAAGGAGAAGAUAAAUGAAAGACGCCGCGGUAAAGCAGCGAAAGCCAAAGAUAACGGCGAUAGAGCUCCAUCAGUAUUUCCACGCAAUACCGAAGAACUUUCAGUACCAUACACAGAGAAAUUGGAGCAAGGAGAGAGCACAGACGACAAUGAUGUCCCAGUCACGUUUCAAGGUAUUCUUGAUGCCCUGGAAAUCAACGAAACAAACUAUGACCCGGAUGAAGACUACGAGAAGCAGAUACUCCAAGAGGAGUAUACCGAUGAUGGGCAACACGAAGAAAAGAUGCCGAAGACGCCCGUGCAUGAUGGACGCAGAUCGACCUACUUUCCAACAGCCGAAGCGAUGAUCGCUCUGUACAACAACACGCUCCCUGUGUAA